AUGGGGAUCGUGCGGUCCAUGCUAUUGUAUGGUUCGCCGGUGUGGGCGGGCGACCUGAGGGUCAGCCGGCUCAGCAAGAAGGUGCUGCGCCGGCUACAGCGCAGGCUGGCCAUCCGGGUCGUCCGCAGGUACCGCACGCUCUCCCACGAGGCGGCGUCUGCCCUGGCGGGUAUCCUGCCCUUUGGUCUCCAGGCGGAGGCGGACGCGACAGUUUAUCAGGCGGUCGGGGCGGUGCUGGCCAGCUGGGAUAGCUGGCUGGACCGUGGCCAUGGUAGGCACACCUACCGACUGACGCAGGUGCUCACCGGACACGGGUGUUUCGGGGAGUACCUGUGUCGCAUAGGUCGGGAAGCGACGGCGCGCUGCCAUCACUGCGACGCGGAGCGGGACACGGCGCAACACACCCUCGAGGAAUGGGAAUUGGACCAGGAGGAGGCUUUCUUCUACCGGACGCGGCCGCCGAAGCCGCCUUCUUGGUCGAGCGAGCCCCUUCCGUUCACGGAGGAGCUGGCGGAGAGGGCGCGUCACCAGCCUUACGCGGCCCUCGGGGCGGAGACCCUCGAGGAGUCGACGGCGGUGGAGCGUGUUGCCGGCGCUUCCUCCGGCCUCAAGGCCUCCUUGCAGAGGUGCCUGCUGUAA